AUGGCUAAAGGUGGGGACGCCGACAAGCAGUACAAGUUAGUUGUUGUCGGCGGUGGUGGUGUUGGAAAAUCUGCUUUGACGAUCCAGUUUAUUCAGUCGCAUUUUGUCAGUGACUAUGACCCUACCAUCGAAGACAGCUACCGUAAACAGUGUGUGAUCGACGAGAAAGUCGCCCACUUAGACAGUAAGUGACUUGGUGAUGUUGUUGUUGAUGCCUGGCCCGUAGCUUAAAGUGUAAAAAUACAAGAACAAAACUUAGGGGCAGGUCGGGGAGUGCCGCAUAGGACUUCUUGUGUUUUGCCCAAGUGAUCUAUUUAUAAAAGCUCCCUGAUGAUCAUAGAUUUCAAAGUCGAAUAUCUCAGAUAUUCAUUUUCCACAUUUUUUAGGACAAGGUCGAGCACCAAAAUUUAGUAGCUUAUAUUAGAUUUAUUUUCGGCUGGGCACGCUGAUACAUAAGUAUUUACACGAUGUUUUUAGCCGGUGAAUGAAUUCGCCUUGGAUAUAUAUCUGCUCAAGACAAAAGCCAUGUCUUGACACAUUCUUUAUUUGGAAGUAACAGCAAAUAUUUCUGCUGUGAAGUGAUGUACUCAGACCACAACAAUAUCUUUUUAAUGAGAAAUUAAAACUUUAUUGUAUACUUUGUGAAAACUUGCAUAAACCGCAAAUCAUGACCGUCGACUUGUCGAAGAAACGUAACUAGUUAAAAUCGAUGCUGUUGAAAAUUUUCAAUCUGCAUGAUCAGGUUGGGAUGUCACGGCGUUUCUCGACUCUUUCAUUUAUGAAACUACGAUCGUAUUUGUUUUAAGUGCAUCAUUUUCUCUGCAUGUCGUUCAUACUUGUUUUCCAUAAUAGCCAGGAUUAAAAAUGGCAACUGAUUUGUAUAACUGUUGGUCGUCCGUUUUAGGGGGUUCCGUCACUUUACGUAAAUCGUUUUCUUUGGCACAAAAGAAUAUUAAUUAUUGUAAACCCUGAAAGCACAAUAAAUUUGAUGUUCUAAUUAUUAUAUUGUUGUAAAACAAACUUUCACUUGUGCCCAUAGGCAGAAAGACAUCAAGAUAAUAAGCCUUACGUACGUUUCAGAAUUUAGCUGAAAUGGGGAGUGCACGUUUCUUUGACUAAAUUUCUAAAUUUCUCGUUUUACCUAAUGUGCAUGAAGAAAUGAUGAAAAAAUGCUUUAUUCCAAGUUGUCCUUUUUCAAUUGAUACCUGUUUCUAGCGCCCUUCUGCCUUUAGCCAUGAGGACUGGGCAUGAUUCAUCCUUUAUAUUUAGAGUACAGAAAGUAUUUUUUCAUGAAAAGGGUAAAAACAUUUUAUGAUUCAAGACUGUCCAAGGCAAUUAUACAGUAGGAUAAUUACUUUAGAUAUUGAUCUUGUGAAAAUUUCCUGCCCAUAACUAUUUUCAACUGAUCGUGAGUGACAUUAUUCUAAGCAAGGUAAUGCACUUUAAUUUCUAGCUCUCACUUUCAUCUGUAGGUCCUGUUUCAUAUAUAUUUUUUGUUUUGUUUAAUGCUUUUAGUAUUUUUACUUUCAGUAAAAUUUACAUUCUUUUUAAAGCUUAGUGAACAGUUAAAAUUAAAGCCAGAACUUACAUUAGAGGCUCUUAGUAUCUUGUUUGGCAAUCUCGAACAUAGCUAAGCUUAGACUAAUUAGCAUCAUGUAAGAAACUCAGGUGACAGCAUGGCAUGUGUCAAAUUAAGUGGAUAGAUCAAUCAUUGCAACUGAUAUGAGAAAAUAUGAACCAUCUAAGCAUGCAUCUAUGAUCAGUGUAGUAAAAUUCACCACCUUUUGGAAAAACUUGGUGGUAUAUUAUAUAUUAUAUAUGCAGAGAUGAAAACAAAUGUGGAGAUUUAAAAUCUGGAGACUGGAUAUAUAGCAAUCUCUUCUCUUUCGCAUUUUGCCCCCCUCCCCCUCCCCAAAAAAAAAACAUCAAUAUUACCCGGCCACCCACCUCCACCCCCCUCAAUAAAUAUAUAGCCCACAUUCAAUAUGUUAUAGUAAAUUCUUACAUCGCGCCGAGGCGUCAGAGACAAAAUUACAAAUUUUACAUGACUCCAUUUUCUCACAACUCCAUUCAAUAUGGAAAAAUAACCAUAAAGCCUCAGAGACAUGUUAGAAUUUUACCCAGGUAGGGUACUCCGGCUUUCAUGUGACAGAGAUGAUCGAAUGGGGGCAAAAAUCAAAACCGAAAAUAAUCCCCAGGGCUUCCAUCAAAACCCAAAAAAAUCCCUGGACCAAAAAUCAACCCCCAAAAAAUCCCAUGCCAAAUUUCCGAGCCUUAAAAUUUCCCAGAAAGCAUUAAAGGGCAUGACACAUAAAAUAAACUGGAAACUGAAUGUUUGUAUUUGCGGCUGGGAUUCACGGGCACAACCACGAAUCUUCAUAUUGUUUUGAAUACCCCAAAAAGUUCCUUCUUACACUCCUGUAAAUCAAGUCACCCAAAAAAAUACUUGUCAAAUUUUCCCACCCAAAAGAAUCCCGGAAACGAAAAUUUCAAGCCCCCAAAAAUCCUUUUUUUCAUCCAAAGUACCCCAUGGGGAAUUAUAAUAUAUCAAACGUGGGCUGUUAGGUACCAUUUAAGCAUGGGUGUAGCUCAGGACAUUCUUUGUAGUCUUACAUGAAGUACAGACUGUCAACAUUUGUCUUUAUGAUUCUGAUGCUGAAGGAAAAUUUGUAUGUGGAUAUUGGUGCCGCUUAAAGGGUUAACUAUCUUUGACAACAAGUAAUUCUAACUAUUCUCAAUAAUUAAAAUUUUCGAACACCCAUUUUAUUGGAAAAAUUUUUACACUGGUUAAAUUUGCAAUUUAAUAUUUGUUUUUCUUUUAUUUACAGUUCUUGAUACAGCUGGCCAAGAGGUAAGCUUAAAUAGAAGUGUAAAAUGGCUUGAAUGCUCAUGCAUUCUCUACGUGUGUCCUUCUGCAGUGCUUGACACUUCAUUUGUGACAGCUCCUGGGCUUCAUUUAACCUGAAAUCAUGUUUUUACCUUUAUUUUUCUUCCCUUAUUUAUUUUUCCGCUGGUGGUGGCAGUCAUGACUGGGGGGCAUGGAUUUAUCAGCUAUGAGGGUAUAACUCUAUAAGGGGGCUGGCUGUGCCAGAGUGCAAGCCUCCCGGAUAUACCAAGCACCCAACCUAGUAUGGGGCAGCUGUGUUCUAGGAGAACCUGGGGGCACCUGACCCCUUGCUUUUGCUCAUGGGCGACUAUGAAAUCUCAGUUUUUGUGGAGAAAUCAAAAGUUGGGCACCCUGGUUUUCCCAAGCUAAGUUCAGAGCGCUGGUAAUUUUUCUUAUAUCACAGCCUUGCAACCUCCACUAAGCAGAGCAGUGUUGUCAACUUUUUUUUUUACUUUGCUACUUAACAAAAUAGAAUAAUAUUAUUAUAUUUGAAAGGUCAUCAGUCUAUACUUAGAUACUAUUUUAUUCUGUUGGUAGAUUAAUCCUGCUACUCAACUGGGUAGAUCGACAGUUUCAUUAACAUCGGCUUCUUUAUUUCAUUUUCAGGAAUUCAGUGCAAUGAGAGAACAAUACAUGAGAAAUGGCGAGGGAUUUUUAUUAGUUUUCUCUCUCUUAGAUCGUUCCAGGUUUGUACUGUUGUACCUUGAACUGCAUCAUGUGCACAUGAUUGGAAAAUAGCUUUGUCCAUGCACAUCCCUGGCAAACAGUUUGUUGAAAAUAAUGCUAAUUACCGGUAUAGUUGAUAACACUCAAAUUUCUUCUAUUUCUUCUCUUAUUCACAGCUUCGAAGAAAUCAAGCGCACAUUUCAUCCCCAAAUAUUACGAGUAAAAGAUAGGUGUGUAAAAAAAUAUCCUUCAUACACUUUUAGCAUAACAUAAAUUGUGAUGUUUCUUUAGAAGGCUAGAGCAGGUAAUUUUAAGCUAGCUGUCGCUGAGUUGUGUCAUAAUUAUGGUUGUGCACUCUUCAACUGAUUUUCCAAUCCAACAGUAUCAUAAUAAUCUUACUGGAAAUGAAAAUUUGCCAUGAAAUUGCAAAAACUGGUACUGUAGUGGCUGCACCCAGUUAAUACGAACACCACGGGACGUGUUAUAGUGUCCGUAUUAUUUGGCUGACCUGGUCCCCACAAAAAACAUCUUGGAUGCAUGUUUUGUUAAAAGAAGGACUAAAGCAGACAUUUUUAGAACAAAGCUUUGUUUAAUUUCUUAUCUGUGCCUGUGAGAAGUUCCUCCUAACGAAACCUCACUAUCAUUUAUAAUAAUCUUGGUCUAAAAUUACCUCUAGUUUUAAGUGUUCUUGAAACAUGACAAUGGAAUUUUUUUUUUAUACUAAUGCUGCUAGUUCAGUUUGCAACUCAGACAGGUGGACUGGAUAUUAGACAGACCCUUUGAAAGGUCGUUCCCUGUUUCUAUUAGGUUUUUCAUUGAUAGGAUAUUUAAAUGACAUAUGAAAGUUUGUGACUCAGGACGCAGGAAAUUAAAUGUCCAUUGUCCAUAUUUAUUAGUGGUUACUUUGAGAAAAAAAUAUAUGAGUUUUUUGUUGGGACAAAACUGUUUGCUGAAUGCGGGUGUCUGUAGACCUGGGUUCCACUGUAAUCUUCUUCAUAGUACUAUAUGUUACUGUAUGGCUAGGGUUAACAUAAUAAUUAUGUUAACCUAACUGACAUUAGACAAAGCCGGGAGUGAGUUAAUGAGGCUCAUCCUUGUUUUGUCAUCCUUAUUAAAAAAAACUCUCAUGCCUGGUGAUUAUUUUUCUGAGAUAGUACACUUAACUGUGAAGUAGAGAAAUAGAGUGCAAAGCAAGUGGCUACAUGUCCUGUCAGUCAAGCUAAAUUUGUGUGUAACAGUCAAUAUGAGAUCUGUCCCUUGCAAUGAGUUGGUUUUUGAUCAAAAUGUUAUCUUAUUAUGAUUACAGGUCAGAGUUCCCCAUGAUAUUGGUUGGAAACAAAUCUGAUUUAGAACCAGAGAGAACAGUAAGUUGAUUCAGGAAAUCUGGAUAAGCUAAUGAUAGUCAAACCUAUUUCCAUUGAUAUUGGUUGUAAACAAAUCUGAUCUAGAACCAGGGAGAACAAUAAGUUGAUUUGGGGAAUCUGGUGGAAAAGCUUCUUUGUCAAACCUUAGAUUAUAAUGAAAAUUGCAUUUAACACCAUUUUUCUUUCUGCCUUGAUAUGGUUAGAAAAUUGUACAGGAAUUGCCCCAAACGGCUGGAGCUUAUCCCAGUUUCCUUAGCAUGAAGCAUGCUGAGGAGUAUUGCAACUCCCCCCCCUGGAUGGGAUGCUAGUCCAUCACAGGGUUAGCCCCCGGCAGUAAGUAACUGGUACCCAUUAUACACCUUGGUGAAGAGACAAAGUGGAGUAAAGUUCCUUGUCUAAGGAAACAAUGUGAGAGGCGAGGCUUGAACCGCUGGCCGUCAGAUCCAGAGUUCAAUUUGUUAACCGUUUGGCCACAUCUGCCGCCUCUUGAAGGAUAUGAUCUCUUUUAGUUAACGUUUUUGUGUUUACUUUGUUAAGGUUUCAACAUCAGAGGGACAAGAACUGGCAGCAGAACUCAAGGCAAGUAAUUAAACGACACCUCAUGGAAGAAAAAUUGCAUCAGUUAUGGGUCUUAAAAUAAAUAUUUUUAGUAUUUUACAGACAGAAGAGUCAUUCAGUAUACUAUAGCCAUGCACGUGGGUAAAAAAAAAUAGAAAAUUGCUUUAUUAUGCCAACUCUUUCGAAUUAGGUGACCUCUCUAAUGGUUCACCAAAUCUACUCCAAACUGAAUUUUGAGCUUUUCUGUGCUUUUGUCUAAAAUUUAGCCCAUUCUCCCCCUAAAAAUCAUAGUAUGGUUUCAGUUGCAUUCUUGCUAGUUUUUCAUCACUGACAAGACUAUUUCUUUAAAAUGCACCAAAUUUGCACUUUCUGUACUUUGUGUAAGACUUUGUAUAAUUUUAUUUCUUAGCCACACCCAUGUUAUAACAAUUUUUGUGUAGGCAGGUCAUGAGAAAUGGGGCGGGGUCCAUGUUGGGGGGUACUGCCAAAGAGACAGUCUCCAGAGUUAAGACUUUCAGAGUUCGGCAUCUCUGAAAUUGUAUUAAUGCACACCCAAGGAGCUAAAGUACCAAAAGGACAACAUUUUAAUGGCCUGAUGUGUUGGCUGUGAUUUUGUUUCCCCCUGCAUCCUCUCCUGUGUUGCUGUUGUAUAAACAUCCUCAAAGGUACCAUUAAAUAAACCAGAACAUGCCUCCUGCAGGAGGCAAAAAUUUAAUUCAUCAAUCUCUUAUGUUUUCAAAAUAUUACGUCAAGUCAAAAUAGCGAUAUCAAGACCUGCCUCAAAUGCUGCAACCAUACACUGAUAAAUUGGUAAACUGGAAUAUUUCUUCCCGUGAUAUGAAUAUUGAUACUGAAAUCAAAUAUUUCAAUUUUACAGUGUAACGAAAUAGGCUGCAUAAACAAAUUUGUAAAAUCAAAGUGUAGUAAUAUUAAUAUACAUAAUUUCUCACCCAAGCUCUACAUUUUAGCCUUGUAAAGCAAUAUUGAAGCAAACCAUCCCUACUUCUUCAGCUUCUUAAUUUGUGUAUUGUCAGCUGUACCAGCCCCACCCACUCUCAACCCCUCUGGCUUUGCCAUUCCUGAUCACUCCUUUAAAUCAUCCCACAUCCUUAUGUGCAUUUGCUGUCUGCAAAACUGCCAAUCAAGGAGACAGUGUGGCCAAGUAGUCAGCGCGUCAGGUCACAAUCUGGCUGUCCCAGGUUCGAGUCCCGCUCUGGCAAAUUGCUGGAUUUGUUCCUGGUCGUCCCGGGCGCAAAUCCUCUCCCUCACUUGUAAAUAGCCAACUGGUUGCCUCCUGUCAGUUUGGGUUUUUAUUCCUGUUUUGUUGUAUUUUGCGUGGAGUGCCUGUAAACUAACUAGAUAAGCUAAGUUCUAGAUAGCAGCAACAAUAUAGAUAGUCGUAUAAACAUAACAACUUUCUUUAAUUUUCCAGACAUGUUUCGACGGUACAUCCGUCAUGUUCAGUGUUACAUAUUUUGAAAUCGCCGUUGAAUUUAAAGCGCGCGCGAUCUUACAAAGUUCGUUACAUUGCGUUGUCAAUAUUGGCAUGAUUUUGUUUCAAUUUACUCACUGCGAAUCAAGAAAUGUCCGAGAGAGUCAGGUUAAUGUGUUUCACCUGCUGGUUGAGAUCGGGCUUCUCCCAUUUUAUGAACAUGGAUUCCUUAAGCUUCACUUAGUACUUAGCUAAGUUCACUUUCCACUAUGAACAAGCCUUUAAACAUUAUUCCUAAUUGUAUUCCUUUAUUCCCCACUUAGUACCCUGCCUGCAGUUCCUUGACAUGACGUGCAAGCAGUAACGUGAUCAAAUUCUUUUUGUUUUCAACAGAUUCAGUACAUUGAGACUAGUGCAAAACAGAAAACCAAUGUUGAUCAGGCAUUCCACGACCUCGUAAGAGCUAUCAGGUAAUGCCGUUCUUUUAGUGCAAAGGGAUGUCAAAACUGUAAUGUUGCUGUGAUAGUUUCAUGGGAAAACCACAAUUUCUAGUUGGAAGAUCAAAUGGUGUCGUACGUCACUCCAUUUGGGAAUCUUCAGGAAAUAUGGGCUGUGAUUUGAGGCAAUGUAAUUUUUCCACUCUUUUUAGCCUUUUGAGCUGAUUUGGAUAUACUUUGUAGCUGGUCCUUCUCCCACCACGUCAAAUUUUAUAGUUCUAUGUUUGUGCACAAGAUUCCACCCAGGUGGUUUGUGUAAAUGGGAAGCACCCCUUACCUGCCCCGCCAUGAUGAGUUGUUAUUCAUGUGUGUCCAUGGUAAAAUUACACUCAGCAUGGAUGAACUUGGACUAAGCUGUUAACAAGGUGGCAGCGGGGUUUUCAGUGACGCAUGGUGGGUCCCAAAUUAUCAGCAUGAUACAUGAUGGGGGCCCAAAUUAGCCCUGUGAGUAGUGAUUGGGCAUAGCAGCAUAGUGCAUGAUUUACCAUUUUCACAACACACGACACAUGACUUGCCUUUCAGAUUUCCAGGAUUGGUGUAUAUUAUUUGAAACUAGAAGUACAGAUGUUAAAACAAGAUGGUCGGGACAUAAUGCUCUGAUCCUUUUUCUUUUUCGUUUUCUCUUUCUUUGUCCUCUAAUUUCUUGUCAAAAUCUUAUUAUGACCUUCAAUGUUUCAACAACACUGCAGGGGCAAAGCUACCUCUACACACAGUACACAAGUGCAUAGGGAUGGGGUAGCAGGAAGGAUUUGGAAAAUUGUGUAUACCUGUCCUCUGUAAACAUCCUGCCAUGUUAACUGACUGCAAUUGCACCUAAUGUUCAUGAUGCAUGAUGGCUAACUUUUUAUUCCCGUGAUGCGUAUUGGCCCUCAGUAAAAUAAGUCAGCAUGAUGCAUGUUAAGCACCCCCGCCUCCUUUGCUACCCUGUGAUAAGUAUAAGAUAAUGUUUUGAAAGAAUGCUAACUGCAAAUAACUCAAGGUUUUCCCAUGCUGGUUACGCUGUUAUGAAGUCAAGCAAAGAGGUGAUCAUUGAGUGUUUUAAAUCUUUUUCAGAAAAUUUUACGUGCAGCUGGAAGAACAGCAAAGAAGAAACAGUAAACCGGCCAAGAAAUCCUGCUGCUCAAUUUUGUGACAUAGUUAUUUGAACUAGGAUGACUAUAUUGUGGAAAUCUUUAUUUUAGAGUGUGAAAUGAUUCGGUAGCCAUCAAUUUUCAAACCGUAAUAUUGCUAGUAUGCUCGCAAAUAAGCACUUGGCAAAAACUAUCUUAAAUUGAAUUAUUUUUGUACAAAAUCUGCAAGUUGUUCGGCCUCCUGUGUCAUGGGUCUUCGGGCUUGUCACACAAUUUUUGUAAGGAAGGAGAGAUUGCGUGAGAGACAAGGAACUUGGCACUGGGCCCUUUGCAGCUGGUCAGUCAGGUUUAUGGUCAAGUCUUCUGAAAGCCAUCUCGGCCGAAGUUAUGCCGCCCAAAAUUUACAGUUAAGUCAAACUGAACCUGAUUGCACAUUUAUCACGCUUGUUUCGUCUUAUCAUAACUUAAAGAACGAGAAAUAUAGCACGCACAGCUUUAUUCCACUCUGUUUAUCUGUGUAUUACUUCAGAUAAAUUUCGUGAGAAAUAGCUUUGAAUUUUCGGCGACAUUACCCUAUUUCGGGCACAUAACUUAAAGGGAGAUGGCUUUUGGUUGGCUUGACUAGUUACCGUCAGUCACUUGGAACGAAAACGCCACGAUGGAGAGCAAGAAGCACACUUGGACACUCAAACAAAGAGCUCACAUCAUUUAAUUUGAUAGCUUCCUUUGUUUGUCUAGCGUAAGAAAACAGCCAACAUUUUGCGACGCCAACGUGUGGUUUCCCGCGAAAUGACGUGUGAGAAACGAGCACAGAAAUUCCGUACUGAUGACGCGUCACUGCCCAGAUCUGGGUAGUGCCUCUGAUUGGUUGAGGCAAAUUUCCCACGCGACGCGACCAAUCAAAAGCACUACCCAGAGCUGGCCGGGUGCGCUCGUUUCUCAGACGUCAUUUCGUCGGGAAACCAGUGGUGCCGGUGGCGUCGCUAAAUGUCCACCGUUUUCUCAGGCUGUUGUUUGUCUUGUCCAGGUGCAUUUCUUGAUCUUCAGCAUGGCAUUCUUUUUUUACCACAUGACUGACCAGUUCCAAUGAAACCGUUGAAUUGUUGCAUUUGUACUGAAAAAAGGGUAAACUUAAAUAACCUCGAGAACUGGAGUAGUGUUAUUGGUAAAUUCAGUAUUGCAUAUCAGUAAUCAUUAUAUAAAAAGGCGUUUUUAGUUACUACUUAAAAAGUAUUUAUCACAGGAUAAGAAAACUUUUUUUCCCUAUUCAGUAUUAUUUUAAGUGUAAUUUAGUAUCCUUAACUCAAAGAUCUACAUGUUGAAUUAGGCGAAGUUAUUAGCCCUAUCGUCUGGGUGAUUCCCUUUAAAAGUUAUUUUCGAACUAAUCAUAACAAUAAAUAAAUCUUUGGAACAAAACCUCUUUUAAGGUGUUUUUUUUGUGGUAUGCGUGUAAGGUUUAUCUUACUUUAAUCUUACAAAAACUUUUUGAAAGGCAUGGAAUAGUGUUUUUUAUUAAGUUUAUAUAAAUUUAAGUCAGUUAACCAAUUGUUGAUGAAGUAUCGUGGUUGGUUCAGCUAUCAAUAUUGUCAUAGCUGAGAUGUUUUGAACCAUUUUGUUUCCUUGUUGUUUUUGUUUGUUUGGUUGUUAACUUGAUUCGCGCUGAUUCGAUAGGAGGAUCUACGCGGAUAUCAUUGUUUACAUUUUGCUUCAUUACCAUCAAGAUAAAUUAAAACAACGAUAAUAAUUGAAAGCUUUGCAGCAUGCGUAAUAUUUAGCUCUUUCCUUGAAUAAGUUGAGGAAAUAUGAGCCAUAAAAAAAUUUCUGGGUGGCAAAACUGUCAAUGGAUUCGUAGAUGUGUUAGCUAACAUUUUCAAGUUUCUAACAUCAUACAUUUGAAAGAAUAUUUGGGAGUUUGGACUUAAAUUUUCGGAAAGGCUUAUUGUU